GUUGUGAAGAAAAAGCUUAAAGUAGCGAUAGACUGAUUUCCCAAAGGGUUUGAUUGAUAGGCUGCCUAAAUGGAGGGUACUUUUGUGCACUAUUUUAGAAGAGGAUUUAGAUGAUAACGGACAAUGAGGGUUCACAUUCUCGUCCUGAUACUGGCAACUUAUGUUCCAACCUUAGUUCACCUCCAGUCUGAAUCGAUUCCGGGAAUUUCGAGAGGAGGGCCAUUGCUGACUGAAACACGUGCAGAUUUUCGCAGUAAUGGUUCAAGUACAGAUGUAUCAAGUACUGCAGAAGAAGUCCGACCAAUAUAUUUAGAUCCUCGGAGAAUAAUCGAACAUGUAUAUCCAAGAACUUCUAGACCUGCUGCAUCUUACGAUAGAAGAUAUUCGAGGUAUUCUGAAGAAGGGAGUCGACCUGGUGUACGUCGAUAUAGGCCAUAUUCCCGCCGGAGAAGGCCAUAUUCAAGGACUUCAGCGUUAGGAAGACGUUAUGGUAGGCCACGGGGGCGGCCCUCGGAUCGACGAAGAACAUACAGACGCAGACUGGGACGAAGAAGGCCUCUGUCCGACCCGUAUUAUCGAGACUAUGACGCACCAUAUGAUGGAAGAAGAUCUAGAUCUCGUAGAAGAUAUAGAUCAAGACCUCGUUCGUCUCGAAGGCUAGACAGGCGCGAAUAUUAUGCACGAUACAGAGAUGAAGAAUAUCGACCAAGAGACAGAGAUUACACUGACCCUUCCCCCGACUAUCCAGAAUAUCGGGACAGAAGAGUUGGUAGGGAUAGAAGACGUGGUUCUGCUGGAUACAGAGAGGAUAGACGAAGGAGCACAGGUCGUUCAAGACGUAGGCGAGUUGAAUACGAUUCUCCGUACGUAGAUGAAAGAGUGACAGACCUAUAUCUGUCAGAUGAAACAGAUCCGCGCCUUGAUUAUAGAGACUUGGGACGAGAUCGAUACGUAGAUGACAGGCUAGCAGACGAACGACCGUCUGACAGAACAGUUUAUCGAUGGUCAGGUCGAGAGUCACGGAAUGACUUUCGUGAAGACAGUCUCCCUGAUCGUCGUUUGACUGUCUCUUCAAGAAUGAGUAGUGUUGAUUCUCCUGGGAGUGUUCCAAGUGACAACACAACCCAACUAAAAACUACAGAAAAUAUAAAUCCUCCACAAAGUGAUACAAACAUACCAGAAGCAAACCUUGAACAAACGCCUUCCGAUGCUAAUAAAAUGAAUUUACCUGAUGGAUUUAUAAAUAACUCUAAGCCAGAUGCAGAUGGGUCCAAUAAACAGGUUGUUUCCAAUUCAGAUGUCAUUGAAUUGCAAGGAUCUGAUAUAACUAUGUCUUCAAGCAACCCAGCUGCUGAAACAAUUAACGACCAAAAGGAAACACGAAUAGUUGGAUUAUCAAACACAUUUUCAAAAGAAAAUUUAAAUAAUACACCACUUGCCGAAUUUUCAGCCUCAUCCGAUAAAUUGGUAGUAGAUUUAACGCAAGACAACGUAGAUCAGAGCACAUUGGAGCCACCAACUGUGUCAACCGAAAAACAAUAUAAAGUAAUUUUGGAUACAUUAAAUACCAUGGAGAAUAGCCAAAAUAAAUCAAACAGGUAUACUAAACCUGCCUAUAACGUUAAUCCGUCUGCAAUUUCAUUAUCGGCAAACCCAGACAUUCAGCCUAAAGAUAAUUCGAAAACAGAUUUGAGUGUCACUUCAGAUCAAAAAACAGAUGUUAUACCUCCUAAAAUAUCUGAUAUUGACAAGAGUGGAGCACAUCUAUCAAACGGCAGUCAAGCCUCACCAGAAAUUCUACCGAAAAACAGUGUUCAAAUGAACGAGAUCUCAAUAAACGUUGACAGCACUCCUGCAUCUUUGUCUGGGUCGCUGGAUGAAAACUCACUAUCUGAACAACGUUCUACCAGCCGCAGUUUGCCACCUAGAGAUGGACAAGACCCCCCUGUGGCAUCUAGGCGCGAACUACCGAUAGCAGGAAGUAACACGUCGCCUUCUGAAACAUCGAUCAGAGAUAAAAGCCUACCUCCGUUACGACGCCUUCAACCUCCGAUAUCAUAUAGGGACGAUUUACCGUUAUCAGACAGAGAUAUUCCACCCCAUCUCAGAGAUGAAAGAGUAUCUUCACGGCGACCCCGUCUCAGACCAUCACGAGAUCGCGGCGUUUCCUCUUCUGAAAGACCAUUUAGAGACGAAAGGUUGCCUCUGAGACGCCGCUUUCCAUCAUCAAGACGAUAUGGAGAAGAACCAUUUCCGGAAAGAUCGCUAAGGGAUGAAAGGCCGGUUCCACGACGUAGCCUUUCACCAAUAAGGACAUACAGAGACGAUCGCACGAUACCAGAAAGUGCCGAUUUACCUUCAGCAAGGCCUGCAGAUGCUCCACCUUCUGAAAGACCACUGGAAGAUGAACGACUACCUCCACGCCGCCGUCUUCCUCCGCCAAGAAGGCACAGAGACGAACCACCAGUAACGGGGAGUGAUGAUCCAUCUCCUGAAAGACCACUAAGUGAUGAACGGCUACCUCCACGCCGCCGCCUGCCUCCACUUAGAAGGUAUAGAGACGAACCACCAGUAACAGGUAGUGAUGGUCCACCUCCUGAAAGACCACUGAGAGAUGAACGGAUACCAUCUCGCCGGCGCCUCCCUUCACCAAGAACAUAUAGAGACGAUUCACCAGCAACGGGCAGUGAUGUUUCACGUCCUGAAAGACCACUAAGAGAUGAAGGACUACCUCCACGCCGCCGCCUGCCCCCAUCAAGAAGGUAUAGGGACGAUCCACCAGUAACAAGGACUGAUAUUCCACCUCGUGAAAGACCUCUCAGAGACGAACGGCCACCUGCACCCCUUCGCCGUCUUCCAUCACGAAGAUACAGAGACGAUCCACCAGGAACGGGGAGUGAUGUUCCACCUUAUGAAAGACCACGCAGAGAUGAACGGCUGCCUCCACGCCGUCGUCGUCCUCCACCAAGAAGGUAUAGAGACGAACCACUAGUAACAGUGAGUGAUGUGCCCCUUCUUAGAGAUGAAAGGCCGCGUCCACGCCGCCGACUUCCGGCGGAAAUAGGAAGAUCGUACAGAGACGAACCACCAAGACCGGGAAGUGAUGCCCCAGCCUCUGAGAGACCACUUGCAGAUGGAAGUCUUCCUGGACGAUCAUCUGCAACUGAACCAGCCCUUUCUGAAAGGCCACUAAGUGAUGAGCCACGGCCUCCUAGACGUCUUUCUAGACGCAUACUUCCUCCACGCCGUCCGCUACCACCGGAAAGACCAUACAGGGACGAGGUGUCACCUAGACGUAGACGCCCAUUACGUUCGGACAGCCGAUAUAGAGAGGAAUCUCGAAGACGUCGUCCAUUUUCACGAGAUAGAAGAUACAGAAGUGAACGUACACUACCGCGACGUCGAAGUCGAAUACGUGACAGAACGUAUAGAGAUGAUCCACGAGAUACAGUAGGGGGACCAUACCGCGAUGAACCACCAGUUCGUCGCCGGUUUCGCCCGCGUGAACGUCGAUAUAGACGCAUUCUUAGACCACGCGAUCGUCCGAUAGAGGAGACAUCACGUGAAAGUAGUCGCUCAUCUCUUGAAGGCAGAGAUGGACUACCUAGCAGGGAUAGUUCCGCGGUAUUAACAGAAGGGCCACCUUCGGCAGAUGUAACCCCACCUUCAACUUCAGCACCUCCCGAAGAAAGGACACCCGUAACGCGUACAGUAAGUACUGAAGAGCCACUCCGUCUGGGUGUUGUCCGUGCAAGAGGUGGUGAAAAUGGUUAUCCAGUGCACGGAGGCUUUUGUCCCGGGGAAACGUGUGCAGAUGGUGGUUUAGCAGCCGGAGUUCAAUAUGGAACUGGAGCUGGAACGUUAUCAGCCUUUCUUAGGCGGAGACGAACAGGCACUAACGAAGAUAUUAGAGAAUAUGAAAGGAGACAUACGUCUGCAAGAACUGUGUAAAUGUUACUUUUGGACUGUAAUAUAGAUCGUUCCCUUUGACAGCCAGAGUGUGUUAGAAAUUUAUUUAUCUUCCCUUUAAUAAUGUGUUUGAAAAUAGAAAUUAAAGGCUAUGUGAAUGUUGGGUAAAAAUUUAGCAAAUUGAUGAUAAAAUCAAAAGAUAAUUCUUUUUAUUGGGUGUCAAAUUUCAAAAUAAUAUUUGCGAUUCAAUCAAAUGACUAAAUUGCCCUUUUUAUGCACCCGGUUUCAAUAGUGAAGAACGGUACAAUCUUUUUUGAAACAAGUAAAUUAAACUGAUACAAGCAAUAAAACUGCCAAAACUU